AAUGUUGACAUUUUUUAAAUUAUUUCUUUUAAUUUCUUGAUUGUUUCUCCUUAAUUAACCAUUAAUCUAACCUCGAGGUUAAUUGUGAUACUCUCCAUUAAAAGAUCUACAACUGUGUUAAUCUUUUUUUCUCUUUGUGGUUUUUACUCUUUGGCUUGGAGAUUAUUUUUUCUUCUUUCGCCUUAGAAAUUUUUUCUCUUCUCUUGAUUAUUUGUGUGUUUAAAUUUCUUUUUUUUUCUUAUUUAGUCAAUUCUCUUAAUUAAUUGAAUCAAUUGUGUCUUUCAUCUUAUUUCUAUUGUUGCUGAAUAUGUGGUGAUAAAUUUGUUCCAUUGUUUUAAUUUCUUUUUCUUCAUCAACAACAACAAAAAUCUCUAAGGAACAAGUGUAACUGAGAUUUUCUACUUGAAAGGAUUUCUCUCAAUUUCUUAUUGGUGGAAAGGUUGAUUGUUCCUUUUUGACCCUCAUUGUUUUCUAUUUAUUUCUUCAUGUUUAAUGCUCAUUGUGACACCAUGGAUUCUAAAUAUAAAGAAGAAAUGUCAGUUGAAGAUGUCUAUGAAUUGGCCUCAGAAAUUGGUAAAGAAUUCGAGAAAAUUAUCGAUAUUCAAGGGAGUGGUAAUGUGGAGAAUUUAAUGUCCAAAGUUAUCUAUAUUCUACAACAUUUGGAGGCCUGUUGUCUUAAAAGAGAUGAAAUUACCGUUGAAUUGAAGACAUUUCUUAAUAGAAUUUAUCACCUGGAAAAGGAGAGAAACGAACGAGCUGAGAAUCGAAUGAAAUUGGAUAAAGAAUUGGAACAAAUUGAAGAUAAUUGGAGAAAAGAAAACAACGAGCUAAUCAACAAAGUACGAAAAUUACAAUUAGAAAAUCAAAGGUUACAAGCCUCCCUUUCCAUGUACACAUCUCUUCAGGGUUUCGUCUCAAUUAGUGAAUCAAAUAAUGCUGAAGAGAAUCGGAUUAACGAAUCUGAACUUAAUCAACUACGAAUCCAAUGUGAGAAUCAACAGAAAGAAUUGGCUUCCAAAGACGAACAGAUUGAUGAAUUACAUGAACAAAUUGAAGAUUGUCAACAAAGGACACGCGAAGUUAAAAAGAAGCUUAAAAAUUUAGAGAACAGUUUUGUUGAAAUUUUGGAAGAAAAUUUAACUCCUGAAGCUAAGGCGAACCUCGAAGGCGAUAAAGACGAAGCCUCCUCGAAAAGCUUACCCACAAGUACCACGCUAAAUGUAUCACCGACAAGAACCACAGACAAAGUACAAUCAACUAAUCAACCUGAUUUAGUAAUUAAUCAAGAAUCUCCCCAACGAUUAUCGGACAAACAAAGACGAGAGAUGAUCAAGUCUCGUUUCUCAUUUGCUGAGCUUCGAGAAAUUAUAAUGGAGAAAAAUAGACUUCGAAGUCGAGUUGCCAAAUUAGAAGAAAGUUUAGCAAAUUGUCGAUGUCGAAGUCCACUUAAAGUCCGUUCAGUAGUUAAUUCACCUCGUCGGAUGCCCACAGUUUCGGACGACGCUCCAGUCCAAGGUCCGAUCAAUAAAGAACCCGAAGAGAAACUGUUCCCUUGGAAACGAUCUUCGAAAAUAGUUAAAUUUUUUCCUUCAUUCACUUGGGCCAAUUUACGACUUUAAUCAUCAUAAAAUGAAAGAAAUUCAUUUAAAUUGUGACAUUCGACUUCUUCCAUUCUAAGAGAAUCAACAAUCAGUUAAUCAACUAAUUUAUACAAAUACACAAUCUCCAAAAAAGUAUUAACCAUCAUCACCAAAACCACCGACAUCAUUUUACAUUAACAACAAUUAACUUACAACUUCAUCAAGACAAUUUAAUCAACACAAUCAAUUUACGUGUUGAAAUCUUAAUCUUUUUCCUAAAAUACCUUCUUUUUGUGUUAUUUUAAAUGAACAAUCAAUUUAAUUAACAAUAACUAAUCAAUCAGCUUAUUUUAUGUAAUUUUUGUUGUACAUAAAUUAACAAAACCAAUUUACAUAAUGAUAACAUUCAAAGUGUAAUUACAAUUGAAAAAUAUUUCCAAUCUAUUGUAAUAUUGAUUAAUUGUUAUGUUUUCUUGAUCU